AUGAGCGGACUCAUAAAAGUCGACCACAACAAGACCACGACGUCUAAGAACUACCGCGGCUCGAGCUCCUUCGCGACCUUUCUCAUAAUCGGCCCAACAUGUUUCUUCCUCGGCAUCCUCUUCGCGCAGUUCCCCUAUGACUUCCCCCUCCUCUGGACCACGGAGACGGUCCUGCCGUCCUACCUUGACCAGCUCGAGGCACACCUCAAGUUUAUCCACGCGACGCCCCCCCUGAUCGCGCGCAUUUUGCACAUCAUGGUCGGCACCGGCUUCCUGGGCUUCUUCGUCAAGCUGUUCCGGCCCUCGGAGGCCAACAUGCUGUUCGACGGCGCCGGCCUGAUCCUCUACGUCAUCGGCGUCGGCAUCUACCUCACCAACAUCGUCAAGGGCCUGCGCACCGUCAGCGCUGGCAUCUGGGACGCCGCCGGCAACGCCAGGGAGGCGCCCAUCUCGGGCGAGCUCAUCCUGGGGCGCGAGGACAGCCUCAAGGUCCUGGCUGCCAGCAACACCAUCUUGGCCUUGGUCCUGCUCGGUGUUCUUGUCCUACAGGCAGGCCAGUGGUAUGCCGAGCGCAAGGAAAGGGAAGAGACGGAGAAACUGGACAGGGAUGAGCAGGAAAAGAAGGCGCAGGCUGGCGGCGGCAGCUCCAAGAAGAAGCAGUAG